GUUCCCGCCAAACGAACGUUAACCGCGCGCGCCAUUUUUAAACGUGUAGUGUUGUAACGGAACGUUUAAGUGCGAAAAUGGAUAUGAGGUGGCAGUUUCUCAUAGGGCUGCUGUUGGUGGGAGCGGCGUUGGCGGCGGAGGCCGAGCAGGAGGACGACGUACCCGACGCAGGAGUCGACGGCGAUGACUCUCUAACGCUCGAUCAAGAGGAAACUCGAAACCUUAGGCCGCGCGCAUACACUCCAACGGCCGCGUUCCCCAACGCGUUACCCAGCGGCUUCCGACCAACGCCUUCCCUGGCCGAGCUGGCGGGCUACCAGCAGCGGCAGCAGGAACAGCAGGAGACCUACUUGGUGCAGGCCCGGCCUACGCCCCAGCAGGUCUACUUGGAGGAGCAAAGACAGCCGAGUAGAGGUCCGCCACAGAGAAAGCCGCAAGAGCAGCGCCAUCUGCCGUCAAAGCUCCAACAGCAGCAGCAGCUCCAAGAAGUAGAGGAAGAGUUGGAGGAAGAAGAGAAAGAAGAGCCCGACCGUCUGUCUCAACUCCUGCAGCAGUCCAAAUUUGACUGCGUCGGCAAACAGACUGGCUAUUACGCGGACCAGGAGCUGAACUGUGAGGUGUUCCACUAUUGCCAGGACAGCGUCAAGCACUCUUGGAUCUGCCCUGACGGCUUCACUUUUCACCAGGUCCACCUGAUCUGCAUGCCGCCGACCCACGACAACAUCUGCCAGAAGUCAGCCAAGUACCACUUCGUCAACGAGUACUUGUACCGGCCCAUCAACGAGGAGGAAGUCCAGAGGAAACCCAACGUGUCCCUGAAGUAUUCCGAUAGGUAUUACCCAGCUGAGGUCUAUAAUGACGACAGAUAUGACCAAGAAGAGGAUGAGGAUGAGCCCCCGCGCCGGCAGCCUGCCCCGCAGCCUCAACAAGCGAGGCCGUCUCCCCGGCCGCAGCCUCAGGUGUUCCAUUCCGCAGAAGAGGUCAACAUACCUCUAGGCCAGCGGCGCCCACAACGUCCUUACGACUUUGAUUUCUAAACUAGAAUAACACUCAUUAGGAACCAAAUUUAAAAUGAGAACAUUGCCAUCUCAAAAAAAAAUUGUCGGUAACAAUGCGGUAACUGGAUAUUUUCGUAUUUUUUUUAAUCCUAGGGAUUUUUGAACAACUUUAGGAACAAAAUAAUAAAUUACUUAUUUCAAUGUAAAUAACAUGAUUUGUCAAGUUUUUUGUGGCAGGUUAAUAUUUCUGUAGGUACUUUUAGAAAUAAAUAUUGGUGCGCCCGAGCAUUCGUUCGAAAAUACAUAAAGCGCGUAAAUGACGUUAGCUUACCAUUAUUGUUUUAUGUCGGUUAAACAUGUUGUAAAAUUUAUGAUAUUGUCGAAACGUAUUCUUAGCUCUACCUAAGAUACAUACCUACUCUUACUCGUCACCUUGGUCCUGGUGACAGAUUGUAAUUAAGAUGUAUUUUAAGUAAUUACUUAUU